UGUGUGUCAAAUCUGUAAUCAUUUCAAUAUUUUUUCAUUAUCAUCAACUAUUUACAGCACGAAAACAUCAAGUUGUUUUGUAUUUUUCACAUUCCUACAAAAGUCAUAAACUCAUAAGAAAUGCUUUCGAAACAAUUAAGAAAUAGUUGAAGUUCGAUCAAAAACGUUAUUAGUUAACCAUAAAAUUCGCGUCUUUUUAUUGUUUACUGCUCCAACUUGAAGGGUUAAUUUAGAAGUAUGUACCGUGAAAAAAGAACACAUUCUGAUGACAUAAAACAUCAUUCAAAACACCAAAAAACAGAUAAUAGGGCUUUUACUUUUUUGGAUUACAAACGAGUUUUAGAAAAAGUGUUUUUCAAUGAUGAUUUAGUUGAAGACAUUAAUGAUGUAUGGCUAUUUGUUAAAAAGUUUGAAUCAUUUACGUUGAAAAAAACUAUCACAGAUAGUUCUGAUACUCCUAGACUGAAAUCUAAUCCUCUAAAACUUCCCGAAGUAUUUGAUAAAAUGCAUCUAAUUAAUUUAAAAAUUAAAUAUUCCGAUGAUGAGUUAGCUUCAAGGUUACCUACAUAUGAUCAAGAAAAAGUUUACCAAAAAAGACCAUUAACUAAAGAAGAUAUAUUAAAUUUCCGUCAAUUGCUUCUUAUGUACAUGGAUUUUAAACAAAAAGAAAAGUUUAAUAAAUUGAGAAAACUUAGAGAAACACAAAUUAGUUUACCAGUCUAUCAGUUUAAAAAUGAAAUCAUCAAAGCAGUAAAAGAGUAUAGGGUUGUCAUUAUUGCCGGAGAUACUGGAUGUGGAAAAUCUACACAGAUUCCACAAUACUUAUCGAAUGCUGGAUUUAAGAGAAUUGCUUGCACACAACCUCGACGUAUUGCAUGCAUAUCGUUAUCAAAGAGAGUAGCCUAUGAAUCUUUAGCCGUUUAUAACAAUGAUGUGGGUUAUCAAAUUCGAUUUGAAAAAACUGUUAAUAAAAAUACAAAAAUUUUGUUUCUUACCGAAGGAUUACUAUUAAGACAGGUUUGUGGAGAAGACUUAUUAUCGCAAUAUGAUGUUAUUGUGUUGGAUGAAAUACAUGAACGACAUUUACAUGGAGAUUUUUUGUUAGGUGUUAUGAAAUGCUUGUUACAUCAAAGAUCUGAUAUAAAACUUGUUCUUAUGUCUGCUACUAUUAAUGUAGAUCUGUUUAAUAAAUACUUUUCUCCGUUAGCCAAGUUGAUACAAGUACCGGGUCGUUUAUAUCCUAUUAAGUUGGAAUAUCAUCCAGUUAUUAGUGAAAUGAAAGUUCUUGGUAAAAAAUCAGAACGUUUUGAUCCGUCACCAUUUAUAAAAAUUAUUCAAAUGAUUGACAAAAAAUAUCCAAAACAUGAAAGAGGUGAUGUUCUUAUGUUUUUAAGUGGUAUGGCAGAGAUUACUGCAGUUGUGGAUGCAGCUAGAGUUUAUUGUGAAAAAGUUGAUUCUUGGAUUAUAUUACCUUUGCACAGUUCAAUGUCAUUGGGUGAACAAGAUAAGGUUUUUGAUUAUGCACCUGAAGGUACAAGAAAGUGUAUUGUAUCGACUAAUAUAGCAGAAACUUCAAUUACUAUAGAUGGCAUUAGAUUUGUAGUUGAUUCUGGUAAAGUCAAAGAGAUGAGUUAUGAUUCUACAAGUAAAGUGCAAAGACUCAAAGAAUUCUGGGUGAGCAAAGCAAGUGCUGACCAACGUAAAGGGAGAGCUGGUCGUACGGGUCCUGGAGUUUGCUACCGUUUGUAUUCUGAAGAUGAAUUUGAAGCUAUGGCAGAAUACAGUACACCAGAAUUACAAAAAGUACCCUUAGAUGCAUUAUUACUUCAAAUGGUGGCCAUGGGAUUACCCAAUGCUCGACUGUUUCCAUUUAUUGAACCACCACAAGCUGAAAAUAUAGAAAAUGCCAUAGAGUCUUUGAAACAACAUGGGGCUUUGACAAAAGAAGAAAAAUUAACACCAAUUGGAAAUAUGUUAUCACGUCUUCCAGUUGAUAUACCUCUUGGAAAAAUGUUAAUAAUGGGAUCUCUUUUUGAUCAAUUAGAACCUGUCUUGUCAUUAGCAUGUGUACUAUCUGUACAAACACCAUUUACAAAUAAAGCUUACAAAGAUCCUGAAUGUGAGAGAGCAAGGAUGGAUUUAGAAUCAGAUCAUGGAGAUCCAAUAAUUUUACUCAAUGCAUUUAAACAAUGGUUGGAGUUAAAAAGUGAUGGUCAAAAUACCAAUUCACGACAGUGGUGUAAAAGAAGAGGAUUUGAAGAGCAACGUUUUUAUGAAAUGACCAAACUACGACGACAAUUUAAAGAUUUGUUGGAUGAAUGUGGCUUAAAAAAGAAUGAAGAAAAAAAUAUGGAUGAUAUGACAAGUGCUGAAAGAGCACUUAGACACGGUGAACUUAAACUGUUACGCGACAUGAAAAAAAUUCACAAAGAAGAAGAUUCGAGAAAAAGAAAAGUAUUAAAAAAAGAUAUGUGGGAAAUAGAAGAAAAUUUAGAUGCAGAAGAUGAUUCAGUUGAUAUAAGAGAUAUAGAUUUUAGACUGAGACACAAUCAACGUCAAGUUAAACAACUCUUGAAAGGAUCUACUGCAAUUAGCUAUAAAGACUUAAUGAUGUUAAAAAUUAUUUUAAGUAGUGGGCUUUAUCCUCAUUUAGCAAUCGCUGAUGAUUUCAAUUCAUGCAAGACUACCAAGGAACAUUUAUUUCAUACAGAAGGUAAACCAUUUGUAUCCCUCCAUCCUAUGAGUUAUUUUGGUAAUCAUUCAGAUGUACUUCAACUUACCGAAUCUGAAAUAAUCUAUGUUCCUGAGUUUAAAGGGAAAAACACUGUAAGCUCCAAGCAUCAAUUAUUGGUAUAUAUGUCACUUUUAGAAACAACUAAAGCUUAUAUUAUGAACUCGUUACGAAUGCCUGCAGCACAAACUCUUUUGUUAUUUUGCCGAAACAUUUGCACCAAUCAAAAUUUUUCUCAAAUAAUCUGUGACUCGUGGUUGCAACUGGAGUUUCCCUUACCCGAAGCUGCUGAAUGUUUAAUUCUAAAAGCUUCAAAACUUCGCAAUACUUGGGAUAAGCUUUUAAAACUUAAGCUCGAAGAAAAGAGUAACAGAAGAGCAGAACAUAAGCUGUCCGAAGAAAUGAUACGGUUCAUGAACGUGGAAAUCGGUUACACCGUUAAAAGGCUCCUAGCAGCGGAUCAAAAAAUUAUGUAUGCUGGACCGUCGGGUGAUAAGGUGUCAUUUACGGGUCCUAAUCCUUUCAGUGAUGAAUGGCAAGUGUGUGAAGACGAUAAAUAUGGUGGCUUGAGGAUGUCGCCGUACUUGACUUAUGAUUGUUUAACGGGUCAAAGUCAAGUACUCUACGAACCGUGGAUUUGUCCCUUAUGCAAAAGUACAAUAGAAGUGACAAGUGUUCUUGAAAGACUGCAACAUCGGCAAGUAUGCGACUCUCAAACCACUACCGGCACAGUCGAAGGCGCAGCACAAGAAGAUAACACAGUGAAACUAAAACCGAAUGCAAAGCGUUACACCUGUCCGGAUUGUUCGGAAGUAUUAUAUUUGACUCCUACUGAAAUGUUAAAACAUAAAAAAUCACAUUUACAAGAUAACUAAUUGAUAAAACAUUUAUACUAUCAUUAAACAUUUUUCA